AACUGCUAAAAAGAAAUGGAUUGGAUUGGACUUGUUUUAACAUUAUUACUAUGUCUUCUUGCAAUUACAUCCCUUUUGAAAAAGGGCAGUCACUGGAAUAACAGCUCCGCAAAUCUUCCCCCGGGACCCAGGACCAUACCCAUUUUGGGAAAUCUGCACAGGAUGGAUCUGAAGAGGCCUUACAGAACAAUGAUAAAGUUGUCGAAAGAAUACGGUCCUGUCUUCCGCCUCAAACUGGGAUUCCAGGAAAUGGUGGUGCUGACUGGCUAUGAGACGGUCAAAGAGGCUCUAGUGGACCAGGCAGAUGCUUUUGCAGGGAGGCCCUUCGUCCCAAUAUUUGAUGAUCUAUCCAAAGGCUUUGGCAUUGUUUUUGCUCGUGGUGAGAACUGGAAAGUGAUGCGACGGUUCACAUUAGCCACGUUACGGGACUACGGGAUGGGCAGGAGGACCAUUGAGGACAAAAUCAUUGAAGAGUGUGGUGUCUUAGCAAAGACGAUUGAGACUUAUGCAGGAAAACCAUUUGAGAUCACAACAAUUAUGACGGCUGCUGUUUCCAAUAUCAUAGUUUCUAUUCUACUUGGGAAGCGCUAUGACUAUGAAGAUGCCACAUUUCUAAGACUACUAAAGCUAAUGAGGGAAAACGUUCGGCUUGCGGCAACCCCUGUUGUGCUGUUUUAUAACAUGUUUCCUAUGCUGGGGUUCCUUUUGGAUUCUUGUAAAAAAGUCAUGAAUAAUAUGAACGAACUCCAUGAUUUCAUACAGACCACCUUCAUAAAAUAUCUCAAAGAUCUUGAUGAAAAUGACCAGAGGAAUUUUAUCGAUUCAUUUCUUGUUCGGCAAAGAGAGGAAAAUAUGAAGAUGACAAACGGUGAAUAUUUCCAUAAUGAAAACCUUAAAGCUCUUGUAGCUAACUUGUUUGCUGCUGGCACAGAAACGACUGGAAGCACUCUGCGCUGGGCCAUCCUCCUAAUGGUGAAGUAUCCGGAAAUUCAAAGGAAGGUCCAAGAAGAAAUUGCAAAGGUAAUCGGAGAUCUACAGCCAAGGACAGACCACCGGGCCAGAAUGCCUUACACCGAUGCAGUGAUUCAUGAAGUUCAAAGGUUUGCUGACAUUGUUCCAACCAAUGUGCCACAUGCAACCACCAGGGACAUAACUUUCAAAGGCUUCUUCAUUCCCAAGGGCAUGCACAUUGUUCCAUUGCUGACAUCUGUGCUCCAUGAUGAAUCUCAGUGGGAGAAACCUCAUGAAUUCUACCCUGAGCAUUUCCUUGAUUCUGAGGGACAAUUUGUGAAAAAAGCUGCAUUCCUGCCAUUUUCUGCAGGUCGGAGAGUAUGCAUUGGGGAGAACCUUGCCAAAAUGGAGCUCUUCCUCUUCUUUGCCAGCCUCCUGCAGAGAUUUACCUUCCAGCCACCCGCAGGAACACCUAAAGAUGACCUGGACCUGACCCCUGUGGUCGGGUUUAUAACCCCUCCCAUGCCGUACAAGACCUGUGCUGUGUUACGUUGAUCCAACAGAAAGAAGUAUAAAAAGCUGUUUUCUCAGCCUUUCAAAUGGCUUUAUUUUGAUACAGAGGCAAAAUCUGACAUGAUGUCAGAUUGUCUAGGAAUCAGAUGUGGUCAAAGAGCUGAAUUGUAAUGAUUUAUAGACACAUAAAAUGUAGAUUCUGAUGGGGAAGAAUAGUUGGGAAAUCAUGAAAAGCAAAGAGCCUUGUAUUGUUUUUACUGUUAUUUUUUUCCCUUUGGGGGCCAUUUCUUUCUUUCGCCUUUUACUAUUUUUUCUCUUCUUCAACUUUCUGUUUAGUAUCUUUUGUCUCUUUUGCAUUAAUUAGAAAGAGUAAUUAUAAGUA